GGGCGAGGUUAGCUAUGGCACCCAAGGCGGAGGAGAUGCGGAAGGGGCCGUGGACGGAGCAGGAGGACUCGCUACUGGUACGCUUUGUGCGCUUGUUCGGUGAGCGUCGGUGGGAUUGCUUGGCCAAGGUGUCAGGUCUUAACAGGACAGGGAAGAGCUGCAGGUUGCGUUGGGUCAACUACCUUCACCCCGACCUCAUACACGGCCGCAUGACCCCCGAGGAAGAACACCUCGUGCUCGACCUCCACGCCAAGUGGGGCAACAGGUUUGGCCUCCAACCCUACUCUUCCUCCUCCGACUAUAUGAACACACAGUGUACGAUCCGCAGUUGGUCUCGGAUUGCCCGGUACCUUCCGGGACGCACCGACAACGAGAUCAAGAACUACUGGAGGACGCAUAUGAGGAGGAAGGCGCAAGAGCGGAAGACGAGCGCGUCCCCGUCGUCGUCGUCCUCCUCCUCCUCCUCCUCCUCCUCGUCGUGUUCACCAGCAGCAGCGGCACAAGGUGUGGUGCAGAGUGAAGGGGUGAAGGUAUACAGCAUGGACGAGAUAUGGGACGAGAUCGCUGCCGCGGACUCGGUCAGUGGGUUGACCGCCGAAGAAUGCGGUUUGGCAUGUCCUCCUCCAUUGCCCUGUCCAAUGUGGGAGGACUGCUCUGAGUCACUGUGGAAGGUAGAUGAUGAGUACAAGAUGGCCACAGUACUACCUGUGGAUGAUCUCAUGAUCUCCGACUUCCACUACAGUGACUAGUUAAUGAGAAGGAGUGGCUUUAGUUAAUCCUUUCUCUUCUACUCUCCAUUGCUGACAUGGUUUGUAGCACAAGCUAGCUUUACUAAUAAUAAUGUCUCUUGAUAAA